AUGUUUACAGUAGCCCCCAGAGGGUGGAGAUUGAAUGGAACAUUGAGUGGAAACUGCAUCAAAACAGCAACACAGCUGUUCCCUCUGCCACUACAUUUCCCUUUUCUCGUUCAGAACCAAAGAAGAAACACACUCAACUUUCUGACAGUGUGCCAGUGGGAAAAUCAACACAUUCCAGGCGGCCAGUUCUGUGAGGAUGGAAGGCUGGUGCACAGCGGCAGCAAGCAAUCUGGAAAGCUCACAGGAUGUUCUGGCUCAUAGUGAGGGGAACUGAAUGUAAGGGUCGCGAGGUUAUGCUUCAGUUCUAGAGGAGAUUGGUGUUUCCACAUCUGCAGUACUGUACGGUGUUGCUCAACUAUCCUCAUAGAAGGAUGUUAAUGCGUUGGAAACAGUUUAGAGAAGGUGAAUGUGUGAGAAAGAAGGCAUCAAUGUAGCAGGCACCAGGUCACACUGAAUUGGGCUGAUGUCCUGCAAAACCACAUCAGGAAUGUUGCAGGUCUCUGUACCUCUGAUUCUCUUGAAUCUCGCUCUCUGUGGGAACACCCAAGCUGGACGAGUGGCUUUCUAUGUUGUCCCAGUUUCACCUUUGGAAGGAGAGACACUGGAACUGAAUUGUCAGUGCCAAUACUAUUAUUGGUGGACAAAGCAGGACUUUACCUUUUAUAGAAAUGGAAAGAAGAUCCAUUCAAUGAAGUCUACAACAGAUGAAUUUUCAUAUCGCAUUAAAGUAAAAAGCACCGAUGACAGUGGAUUGUACAGUUGCAAAAUUGAUGGGUCAGAAUCACAACAUGUUCACGUUCAAGUUCAAGAACGCUUUGCCAAGCCCGUACUGAGGGUGGAGCCGGCAGCUGAAGUAUUUGAGGGGCUCCGGGUCACGCUGACGUGCAUUGCUCGGAGAGCACGGCGCUCCAUCUGGCUUCACUACACAUUUUACAGAGAUGGCAGCGCCCUGGAGACAGCGCCGGAUGCUGGCGGUGUGUACACGAUCAACGCAGCAGCUGCAAACGUUUCUGGGAAUUACGCCUGUGAAGCGAUCGAGACAAAUUCUGAUCUGUGGAAGAGGAGCGACAAUGUUCACAUUUCCGUUAAAGCACUUGGCCCCAGAGCAUUGGCAUCGUGAGGGAGCAUUUAAACACUUCUUCAAUGUGAUGAGGGUUUCUGUCUCUCCCACCCUUACUGGCAG